AUGAAGACCGCCUUCAUCGUCACCGCCCUAGCCGGCCUCGCCGCCGCCGGAUGGGGCCAGCCCGCCAAGACCUGCCGGGCCAUCAAGGACGUCAAGGGCGUCAGCCCUCCCGCCAACAACAACAAUGGCGGCAGCAAGAACACCGACGGCGGCAACAAGGACAACAACAACGUCUACGCCGCCACCUGCCCGGCCGACAACGGCAAGACCGUCGCCGCAGGCGGCUCCUGCGGCGCCAGCUUCACCAUCCACUGCGACGUCUCCGCCACCCCCGGCGCGAGCUCCAAGUUCUGGGAGCAGACCUCGGGCCAGCUCGUCGGCACCCUCGCCGAGUGCAACAAGCAGUGCGAUGACAACGCCCUGUGCGAGGCGACUCUGUGGGUUGACGACGCAAGCAGCAAGGACUACCACCACUGCUGGCAGACGUCCGGCCUCGGCCCCGUCACGGGUGCGGGCAAGGCGCGCAUCUCCUACAAGGGCCAGGCCACCGGCAAGUGCAGCGCUUCGUACAGCCAGAAGGGUUAA